AAGCUGGCCACUUGCAUCUUCAAGUUCUUCUCAUCAACCAAACAUCCCCCAUGGUUUACAUCAUGGUUACCAAAAUUCUAAUAUUUUCUGGGGCCCCAGACAGCAAUACUCUCGACUGGGGUACAAGCGGGCUGUUGUCGGAAUUUCAAGACACCACUGCGCAGUUCGCCGGCCUGGUUACAGAGAGCGGAUUGCAUCCCACAACCUCAUCAGCGCCAGAACUUGCAGCUUGGAGAUCACUGUCCCUGGGCAAGGCAACCAUCCCAACGCGGUUCUCGCAACAGUAUGGCAUAGGUGAGGACUAUGGGCCAGGGAGUUCUGUUUUCAGCCCCAGCCCCGAAUUUCUCACGACCGUGUCCCUGUCCUUCGACUCAGACGGCGAUGGUGGCGAGCAUAAUUCCGUCCUCUCUCAGUUUUACGAGCAUUCAAUUGUCCUUCACGAAGAGUUGUCUUCCUCUCAGCUGAUCUCUCAGUCGGCCGAACAAUCCACAUCGUUCCUUGACGACACCACCUCCUUCCAGAGCGGCAAUGGUAGCCAGCCAGGGUCCAUCAAAGGGCCAAUACUGUUCCGUGGCAGCGACCUUGUUGGCGACCUCAGGACCAUUCCGUCAGCGGCCUAUCUCGUCAAGAUUCAACCACAAACCAUGACCUACAAUCUAAUCGUAGGCAUCAUCUCCAUUUCACAGCCGCGGGCCGUCAAGACCAGUUGGGGUGCCACUAAAUACCUAGUCGAGGUGCUUGUCGGAGACGAGACGAAGGCCGGCUUUGCUAUAACCUUCUGGCUCCCAUCAGACAACGUCGAAGAAAGCCCCCUUGCGGGUCUGCGGCCCCAGGAUGUCGUCCUCGUCCAAAAUGUGGCUUUCAACGUAUUCAGACAGAAGGUCUAUGGAUCCAGUUUGCGAAAAGGUUGGACCAAGGUGCACCUGUUUUACCGAAUGAAGCUGGAUUCUCUCGACACCGGCGGAUACUACAGCACAUCCGACUUGUCGUCCGCAAGGAGCGCCCACCCACAGCUCGAAAAGACGCGGCGAGUCCGAGAUUGGGUGCUUCACUUUGUGGGGCGGGGAGUCCACAACGGGGCCAAGCCGGACUCCAAACCACGCUGGGACAGGCCGCCGGCGGAUGAUACGCAGUUAUGACCAACGGCUGGAAAAUCCGUGUAGUCUACAUAGGAGCUUCAGCCGGCCGUCGUCGUCGUGAGGUACAGUUUCGUCGAAGUGCCAAACGGACCCCACAAAUCCCGGGAGAUGCUCCGCCGCUCGGCUUCGGGGCUUCCUUGCCCGGAUCCAUAUCUGGCUUGGCGACGCGGAUGUGGCUGUGACAGC